AACAACUCAGUGGAGAGUUGUUGAGCGAUGGAGAGAUUGUGGAGACUCCGUGCCCCUCCUGUGUGGGCGAGGGAUAGAGGGAGAGCGUGAAGCAAAACAAAAAUAAAAAUAGAAAGGUGGGAGGAGAAUCCUUAAAGUCCUGACUAGAUUGUCGUAGUCAGGGAGUAGGAGCGAGGAAGCCUCCAAGCCCUUCUCUCCCGCGCUGGUGAAAACCCCCCGGAGACAGCGGGCGCCGUGAAAUCAACGAGGGGAAAUUAACGUGAAAUUAACCUGCAACUGGAGACGGCGAGAAACCGACCAGGCUGACAUUGAGCGGUGGGAGCAGAGAGGGCGACCGGAGUCUCAAACACAGAGAGGAAAUGCAACCUUUACCCACAAUCGCUCCUUCUUCUUCCUCUCCACUCCCCCCACAGCCUCCUACAAAACGACCGCAGAGGCUUUUCUGUGGCCGCGAAAUCUAAUUCGAAUUUGACUUUACUAUUUUCAAAAUAGCAUGAUCACCUCGGAACUGGCGAUCGCAAUAAUUGCAGGAACUCGCUGGAGUUGGGCAGGUGGCAGUACCAACCAUGGACAACACCAUCACCCUGUGGCAGUUCUUGCUGCAGCUGCUCCUGGAGCCCAAGAACAACCACCUGAUCCGCUGGACGUCGAACGAUGGAGAGUUCAAGCUGCUGAAGGCCGAGGACGUGGCCAAACUCUGGGGCUUUCGCAAGAACAAACCCAACAUGAACUACGAUAAGCUGAGCCGAGCGUUGCGCUAUUAUUAUGACAAGAACAUUAUUAAAAAGGUGAACGGGCAGAAGUUUGUGUACAAGUUCGUGUGCUACCCGGAGAUUCUGAAGAUGGAUGGCAAUGUGGUGGGCAAGACUGAGAGCGGGGUCGAAUCCAACCUGCCGGAGAUGAGUAGACCACAGAAGGACAAGGAGAACCUCACCCUGGAGAAAGGAGUUCCGUCCUCCUCCAAGGUCUCCAGCCGCAACGAUUACAUCCGCUCAGGUCUCUAUUCUUCCUUCACCUUGAACUCCUUGCAAGCCAACCCGAACAUCUUCAAGUCCAUCAAGGUGGAGAACCCUGCGGAGAAGAUGCUGGAGGAGAAGAAGCAGCCCCCGGGUCAGGAGCCCGUGACGGUCAUUAAGUUUGUCACCAACCCGCCAAAAAGGUUGUCUCCGCCGCCCGGGGCGGAGGCCUCGGUGAUCCCCGCCCUCACGGUGGCCCCGCCCACGCCAGAGGCGGCUGAAGAGACGCUCUCCGUGCCGACCGUGGUGACCUCCUUCACCGCCGCCCCGCCCGUCUCCUCCGACUCGCCUUCGGCGCCUCUCCCCCUGAGCCCCGGCUCCCCGCUCUUGGCUUCCUCCUUCGACGCUCCCUCCCAGUUGCCCGUCGAGGCGGAGCUGGCCGCGGAGCCACCAGACGGCCCGGCCCCGGGGCCCGUGACCUCGUCGGACGGCGAGGACCUGUCGCUGGACGGCGCGGAGGCCAGGCACCAGAAGGGCCGGUCGAAGAAGCCCAGGGAGCUGGAACUCACGCCCACACUGGUCAUCACCAGCAGUGACCCCAGCCCCCUCGCCUUACCCAGCCCCCCCUUGCCAGCCUCAUCGCUCACGCCAGCCUACCUAACUCAGACUCCGUUCCUGUUGACUCCUAGCCCGCUGCUCUCCAGCAUACACUUCUGGAGCACUCUUAGCCCUGUGGCCACCCUCAGCCCAGCUCGGAUGACAGGAGCCAGCACUUUAUUUCAAUUUCCUAAUAUAGGCAACAGCCACAUGCAGAUCCCAUUCUCGAGUGUGGACGGCUCUUCGACGCCAACCUCCUUGUCUCCAGAUCUUCAAAAGGCCUGAUCGGGGGAAGGGUCAAAACUGGACAAUCUGCUCCGCCAAGGCUACCGGAGGGUCCACUCACUCACUACGUGAAAGACAGCGAGAUCCAGCGGUGACAACUGCCAACGUAACCCGCUAUCUCCAGCAUCCCGGUCUUUGAGAGUUCCUCGUUUGGCAACGGUGAUCAUGGAGGGGAAUGGCCUUAAUCCUGGCCAGAUGCCGAUGUGACAAUAUCCACUUUGUUUCUUUCAGGAUCCGAUUUGGGAUCCGCUUGCUUUAGUGAUUUCACUUUUUCGAACAACAGUGACGUUGCCCGGUGGUUCAUCGAUACAAGCGAUAAGAGGGAGACAACUUUUGCAUAUCUCGUGAUUUCAGCGACACUGUGUCCUUGUGCCAAGUCCCUUCAUUGUGUUUCGAAGUUCCCGCAGCGCAGACCGUUCGUGUGCGGUGGAGGAAUGUAUCUCCAAGUAGCCGGUGACGGGGUAUCUAGAUCUUUGUUGCUGCUCUCGGGCUUUCAUUCACUCACUCGUUCGUGGGGUUUUGGAGAGGAAGAUCGUGGAUAACUGGAAGACAAAGAGGAGUUGACGACAAGACUGACGCCUCCCUCGUUGAGCAACUGUGCUUGACGCCCAGUCAUUCUCAAACAUGCCACUGACUUCAGGAGUCUGGAUGACAUUUGCCCGACCACAUAACAUGGCUGCAGAUAGACACAAAAAGCUGGAGUAACUCAGCGGGUCAGGCAGCAUCUCUGGAGAAAAGGAAUAGGCGGCGUUUCGGAUCGAGACCCUUCUUCAGACUGACCCGAAACGUCACCUGUUCCUUCUCCCCAGAGAUGCUGUCCGGCCCUCUGAGUUACUCCAGCUUUUUUUGUGUCUGUCUUCGGCUUAAGCCAGCAUGUAUCUGAAGAAGUCUGAAGAUCAGUUGGAAGAAGGGUUUCGGCCCGAAACGUUGCCUAUUUUCUUCGCUCCAUUGAUGCUGCUGCACCCGCUGAGUUUCUCCAGCACUUUCGUUUACCAAUCUAUCUUCAGUUCCUUCCUGCACAUAUCAUUGCUGCAGUUCUCCUCUGCAUGUCUGUCUGAGGACCCCCAUGCGUUUAAGAAACCAGAGCUGACAAACUGGUGCCUGUCUGCAGUCUGCGCUGGGAUCCUUCUGCUCAAAGCCUUGCGGACGAUGUGAGCUCCCUCGCCUGGUAAUUCGUCAACGCCACUUUCGCAGCAGACAGACAGACAGACAUACAGCUAACCUUGCUGUGCAAGGCUGGAGAACUCCAUUUGCCAAAUAGCCAGUGGAAGGUCACACAGUAGACAGGGCAGAUAUGCAAAAGCGGAAUAUCACGCCACGUUUCCAGGAACAGCAUUAACCUCGGACAAUUGAAGCAGAAACUCCUGGAGACAUGCCGCACGUCAGGAGCGUUAAUAGGGAGAGAGAGAGAGAGUCAUAUCCUACACACUAGGGAUAAUUUACAGAAGCCAAUUAAACUACAAAUCCGAACGCAUUUGGACUGUGGGAGAAACUGGAGAAGAUUGCAAACUCCACACAGACAGCACCAUAGUCAGGCUCGAACCCGGGUCUCUGGCGCUGUACGGCAGCAACUCUACCGCUGCGCCACUGUGCAGCCAGCCCUCAAGCUUCUGCUCGAUGAAAUAUUAGCGCUAUCUAUCUCCAUUGAUGCUGCUGACAUGUUGAGUAUUUUCACCAGUUUUUUUUUCUUCUAAAUUUCUGAAUAUCGACUGUGUUUUGCUCCAGAACCCAUGUUAUUCUCUGUUCCCUAAUCCCCCUUGAUAUAGUAUGUGCCGCACUCACAAUGGGCUCCUCCCCCCAUCUUCUAGCUUCCAAUGCAUUCACCCCUCCAUCCCCAAUGUCCCUCCGGCUCUCCCCUUUGCUCUUCUAUCCUCCAUCCCGUUCUUGGUUUAUUUGCCUUUCCAUUUCCAAACCCACCGCCACGUUUCCCCGCUCUGACCAAAUAUACUAGCAGUGUCCUUGGCUCUGACCCAGUGCGUCUCACCCUCAAUCUGGGACCUUUCGAUGCAUUAAUUCCCUCCACCACGAGUCGUAGUCCAGGCUGGUUCCCGCUCUGCCUCUGUCCAUAAGCAAGAUUUAAAACACUCUUGCGUUCAAACGACAGGUUCCAGAUAUACACUAAUAUCGCGCGAGGGAAUCGUGCGAAAGUAUGAAGCCAUUCCCCCCC